AAAAAAAAAAAAAAAAAAAAAAAAAAAAAGAGGAAAUAGAGAUAGAAGUAAAGUUCCUCUGAUUAUAUGUAUGUACAGUACAGCUUCGUCUGACUGGCAGUCCGUAUCUGCUUCUAGAAGAUCCAUCCUCCAAUUCCACCCAGACUCCGAAAUCCCAAAGUAAUAUCGUCAUAUCAUAUCCAAAUGAGGUGGCGGCAUGUGUGUGUGUGUGUGUGUGUGUGUGUGUGUGUGUGGCAAUUUGUGUGUGUACCUCUCCAGUCGGAACGCCUAACAAAAACCCCGUGCAAAACUCCGAGGGAAAGCAAACAAAAGCGCAGAACUCCGAAUGGUCGCAGUAACGCGUAUAUCAAGAACCCAACCCGAUAUGAAGAAGCAGAUCAAGCAGAAGAAGAAGCGGUCAAGGAAACAAUAUUGAGAAAUGUAGACCAUAACUCACGAACUGUGAUGAAGCAAGGUGGAAAAUGCUUUACCCAUGGAGGAAAGGUGGCGACUCGAGCAUGCGCAAGACACCCGCGGAAAUUCAAGAGAGCAUGGUCCAGCAUGCUCGAAGAAGGGAAAGACCAAGGGGUUCGGGAAUCUAUCUAGGCGGCGUGGCUCCAAUGGCAUGUGCAACAGGUGGUGGGAACGCGGUGGGAGCCAACUUGCUCGGGCCACUCGACGGAGGAGUGAUAGUGUGCCGUUUGGAGAUCAUGGCCAAUUUCUUGCGGAGGGAUGCCAAUCGGCCCCGGAUGCUGGACACCACUGUGGCACGUUAGUGGAAUUCUGGAAAUCUUCUAGAAACCGAAGAAGAAUCGA